AACAAUGACAACAUUUUCGGCUCGUCAUCACAUGUGAGAAUUGAGUGAGCUGUGUUCACAUACUUUCGACAUCAAAUUCUCUCCAAGCUGUGCGAAAGAUUCCAGGCGCAUUUUACAGAGCGGAAUACGUGCCCGGGUUUGUAAAGCACAUCACUUACCGAAUAAUCACGAGCACAAUUCCUGUGCCCGAGAUUCAAGAGCAGAGAAUGGCGACCGAACGUCCUUCGGCUGCGGUGCAAGGGGGUCACGAAACGGAUGUGGGCGACACGACUUCGCUGGCUGCUGCGGGACCUCCUCAGACUGGGGUAAGUGCUACUUUGCAACCACACGCAACUCAGAAGAAGAAACAAGUCUGUCGAUUUCACAAUUCGAAGAAGGGUUGCAAGGCUGGCACGAACUGUCCCUUUGUUCAUGCAGACUCGUCGGUACCGAAAAUACUGGAAACCAAACCUCGGGCUGCCAAACCGAAACCAGAACGUGGAGAUGGACGUGAGAUUGCUAUCCCCAGUCGCCAACACGAACUAUCAGUGGAUAGAUCCAAAGUGGUCUCUCGACCUGUCCCUAAGACAGAACGAGAAGAUCCAAGAGUGUUCCAGUUGGGUCAACUUCGUCGUCGUUUUGCUCCAACCGAAGAGGCUCUACGGGAUGCGACACUUCUGAAGUUGAAGCUAGCCCCAAGCGAUCCUGACUUCCCUUUCGAUCUCCCGUUCUUAGACUGCUCGCUUACUAUACCGUUGUCAUACCCAAAAGACAAGCCGAGUCUGCGCAUAACAAACCAAGAGAUGCCUCGCGGAUUCCAACUCAAUGUCGAACGCGGCUUUGACCAGAUCAUUUCAGAAUCACCAAAUGCGACGCUUCUUGGAAUUUUUAACCGCCUUGACAAGCAACUGGAAACCUUGCUCUCUGGAGAGAAAGCAGAUACGGUGAAGAUCAUACGCAACGCACCAAGUUCUGAGCCACAAGAGCAGACUCGGCUGGGAACUAAGACAUCUGAACUGCAGCCGGUUGCGAACGCUCGUCGUUCAGAGCCUACCCCAUCGUUUACCAGCGAGCAAAAGUCGCAAGCCGAGAAAAGGCGUCAAGCUGACAUCAGGCAACUUGUUGCUAGACUCGGCCGCUUACCAGGCUUCGUCCAAUCCUCCGACGAUGUUUCAUUCACCAUUCCCUUCCAACCUACUAAGAAGACAGCAUUACCGGAAGCUUUGCGGAAUCAAAAGUCCAUUCGCUUGGUUGUGCCGCAACUUUACAAUCUACACACCCCACGCAUCGAGGUCAAUGGCAACAACGAUCCUGCAGCAAGAGCCCUUGAACAAGCGUUCCAAGAAAGAGUGAAGAGCGAGACCGGUCUCAAUCUACUCGCUCAUAUCAACUUUCUUACUCAGCACGCACAUACUAUGUCUACUCCCAAGGAGGCAGGCCCCUUGCCCGAAGGUCAAUCGAAGUCUGUCGAGGCGGUCAGGGCAGAACUCGUGGUGCCCGUUCCGACUCAGGUCUCUGGUGUGCCUGUAAGCGAGAACUCUGACAAACCGCACAUUCAGGUCAUUCCCAGGCCACCAGAAUGGAACAACGACGGACCGAAGGGAACGGACGGCCCUGAUGGCUGGAGCAGUGAUGACUCUUAUUCUUACGAUAGUGGAGAUGAGACAGAAGGGGAGUCUUCUGAUAAGCCAGAGCAACAGCCUGCCCCAACUUCAGGGCUUGCAGAACGUGGCAUAAUGCUAUCAUUUCCUAAUCUGGAGUUGUACGGCUGUGAACUCUUGGAGCUUGUCUCUCUUAGCAUCACUGUCAAGUGCGAGCGUUGCAAGGAUUUGCUUGACGUUCAGCGCCUAAGAAACAACAUCAAGGGUGACGUGACUGGUAUGCGAGACGAAAUCUGCAAGAAGUGCGCAAACAAUCUCGCAGUUGGCUUCCGUGCCGAUCUCAUCCACCAGAACUCUGUAAGGGCUGGUUAUCUCGAUUUGGACGGCUGCACUGUGGUCGAUAUGCUUCCAAGUAACUUCAUCCCAACAUGCUCCGAAUGUUCGACAUCGUACCCGGCACCAGGUGUAGUUGGUGUCCGUGGAGAUUCGAUCCUGUCUAUUUGUAGAGAAUGCCAUCGAAAGAUGAGUUUUCGCAUCCCAGAAACCAAAUUCUUGCACGUUAGCGCUGCCGCGGUCCGAGCAAGUCGUGCGCCUGCCCGAAGAAAGAUCAAGGAGAAUUUGGGUAUAGUCGCUGGGCAAGAGCUUCCAAGACGUGGUCGUUGUACCCACUACGCAAAGUCGUAUCGAUGGUUCAGAUUCUCAUGCUGUAGCAAAGUCUACGCUUGCGACAGAUGUCACGAUGAGAAAGAGUCUCAUCCGAAUGAGCAUGCAAAUCGAAUGAUUUGUGGUUACUGUUCCAGAGAACAAAACUACGCCCCCGAGACCUGCCAUUUCUGUAGGGCUAGCAUGGUUGCCAGAAGAGGUCACGGAUUCUGGGAGGGAGGCAAAGGUACCCGGGACAAGACCCGUAUGAGCAGAAAAGACCCUCGCAAGUACAAGCGCAGACCAGGCACCAAGGUUGGCGGUAGUUAGACUCGAGGUAUAAGAUCAGCGCUCAGCUCGAGCGUGUGACUUCGUACUCGCGUUCUACACCGUACUCAACCCAAGUAGAGACUGGCUGACUGCAGUAGCGAGCCUGACUGCCUCGGCUCAAGGAAGGUAUGAAGCCUUGAUGAGACUUCUCCCCAGGCACUCAAGAUGGAAGACAAGAUGGUAAGAACGUAGGCGACAUCAAAUACCGACCGCUCUCGCAUUAUGUAAACAUACGUUCAGCGUAUUUGUAGGAGAGUCCUUUCUCCGAAACCCCACUCGUCGCCUCAGUUUUGCUAAACUACAACCCUUGACGCCCCCCUCUCUUUGUGCCAUUGGGAGAUGAAUGACAACAACCAUG